AGAGCGAGCGAGGAGUCAGGCGUCGGACGCGGCGGCUUACACACCUCUUUCCACAAUACGUGAGCGCAGCUGGCUCGUUUCGUGCACCAGGUUUCAGCAUACUCACGAAGUCGCAGACAACUGGCGGUGCAUCUGAGGUAACUGGGUAGAGGGAUGGCUGUUACGCAGCAAGAGACAGCUCCGCGGGAGAGAGACGGACGUGGGCCGGCGCGGCUCUAGGCAUGACCCCGGCGGACGCUGCCGCCGCCUCCGAGCCGCCGCCGCCCCUCGCCCCCGCCGCCCCCGCCGCCGGGACGGUGCCGGUGCGGCUGCUGUACCUGUACAGCGUGCCGGCGCUGCUGCUGCUGUGCGCCGCCUCGGUGGCGGUCAACGCGCGCGUGCUGCUGGCCGCGCGCUGGCUGCGCCGCCCCCUGUCGCCCACGCUGCGCAUCAGCCUCAGCCUGGCCGCCGCCGACGCCUUCGCCUCCACCAUGUUCGCCGCCGGCCUCCUGCUCAACAGUCUGCUCAAGGCCGCCGCCCACCAUCAGGUGAACGAAUGCCUGCUGCUGACGGUGGAGGCCUUGCGUCUGUCUGGCAUCAUCGCGACGGUGGCGCACCUGCUGGCGCUGGCAACGAACCACUACCUGGGCAUCCUGCGGCCGCUGCACUACCCGGCCAUCAUGACUCCCCGCAACACGUCCGCCAGCAUAGUCGUCCUGUGGCUGCUGCCCGCAGCAUUCUUCUUCGGUUACUUCUCGCUGGUGCCAGGUCAGGGCUUCCAGUGUCCGGGCUGUUGUGCAGAGUUCCUGUACUUCUCGAAGUUCCGGCUGACGUUCUCGUCGCUGUUCUUCGUGCCGCUGGUGGUGAUGGCGUUCAUCUACGCGCGCAUCUUCGUGGUGGUGCGCCGCCACCAGGCGGGCCGGCUGCGCUACGCGCCCAGGACCAGCGUGCCCGGCGCCACCAGCAGCGGCGGCUCGGCGCAGCAGGCGCCCGACGCCGACCAGCUGCACCUGCGCCGGCAGAGCGCCAUGGCGCGCUCCGUCAAGACGGUGCAGACGACGCUGCGAAUCCUCGUCUCCUACCUGCUGGGCCUCAUCCCGGCCGUGCUGGUGUUCGUGCUCGUCUGCGACGACUGCCCCGCGCCGCUGCCGCGCUCCGAGCCGCAGCACUUCCGCAUGUUCUUCCUCUUCACGACAGUCAACCUCGCCGUCAUCCUCAAGACGCUCGUCAACCCCUUCAUCUACGCGUCCAGAAUGCACGAGAUUAAGGUGGCGAUGCAGCGCAUGUCGUGGAGCUGCCGCGCUGCCUGCUGGUCCGCGGAGGCGGCGCCCCCCGCGCGGCCCACGGUGGCGGUCACCGCCGCCUCCAACGGCAGCCAGCUGCACGACGGCCUCUCGCUGCGCCGCCCCACUCUGUCUCCGCGGCCCUUCACCACCGCCCUGUGACGACACCCGCCUUCUGAGCCCACACAUCCCUGAGUGUGAGCGAGACUUGGUGAUGUGGAAGGCGGCAACAUGCUUCAUCCCAGACGACUACUCACAUGCUCUGCAGCAACGAAGCUUGGUGUCUCGGUGUACAGCUGGUUGGAUCCACCUUUCGCGCUCGCCAAGCAACGAAGAUCCGCAUAC